CAAUGUCCAAAGUGCAAUAAAAAGAAAUGACAGCGGGUCUUUUACACUGAAGUUGUUUCUAACUAAGUACCACAGAGGAUUUAAAACAUGGAGGUAGAAAAUGAAAUGAAAACAUUUGAGAGGAAGGGGAGGUUGACGCUGGUACUGGCUUUAGCGUCUUUGAUCUCUGCAUUUGGUUCGUCUUUUCAGUAUGGCUACAAUGUGGCAGUGAUCAACUCACCCGCCCCAGAUAUGCAGUUGUUCUACACUCAAAUAUAUGAGGAUCGUUAUGGUCCAAUGACAGACAAUCUCUUGACCCUCCUGUGGUCUGUAACGGUGUCCAUGUACCCACUGGGUGGGUUUUUUGGUUCUCUUAUGGUGGCCCCAUUGGUGAACAAAUUUGGAAGAAAAGGCACACUACUCUUCAACAACAUCUUCUCUAUUGUUCCUGCUAUAAUGAUGGGUGUGAGUGAAGUGGGGAAGUCAUUCGAGAUCAUCAUUGCUGCUCGCUUUUUAGUGGGCAUCUGUGCAGGCCUGUCCUCUAAUGUGGUGCCUAUGUAUUUGGGAGAGCUCUCACCCAAGAAUUUUAGGGGGGCCAUUGGUAUAGUGCCCCAGCUCUUCAUCACUAUUGGAAUUCUAACCGCACAGGUUUUUGGCAUUCGCAGUAUCCUGGGCAACAAAGAAGGCUGGGCCAUUAUGUUGGGUCUCACAGGUAUCCCUGCUGUCAUUGAACUCCUGCUUCUACCCUUCUUCCCAGAGAGCCCACGCUACAUGCUCAUACAAAAGGGGGAUGAAAAAACUGCCAGGAAAGCACUGCAGCAGCUGCGUGGCUGGGAGGAUGUAGAUGAAGAGCUGUGCGAGAUGCAUGAUGAGGAUCAAUCGGAACGAGCCGAGGGCCAUCUCUCCGUGCUCAACCUCCUCACCUUCCACUCACUGCGCUGGCAGCUGCUGUCUGUUAUCAUCCUGAACAUGGGCCAACAACUCUCAGGCGUCAAUGCUAUUUAUUACUAUGCAGACAGCAUCUACAGCUCAGCAGGAGUGAGGGAAGAUCACAUUCAGUAUGUGACAGUUGGAACAGGAGCUGUGAAUGUCUUCAUGACAGUAGCAGCUGUGUUCAUAGUGGAGAAAUCUGGCAGAAAGUUGCUGCUUUUGAUUGGCUUUGGUAUCUGCUGUGUAGCUUGUGCUCUCCUGACCAUAGCUCUACUCUUCCAGACAAAACUGGAUUGGAUGCCCUACAUCAGCAUUGUUUGUGUCAUUGUUUAUGUCAUUGGACAUGCCAUUGGCCCAAGUCCUAUUCCUUAUGUAAUCACCACAGAGAUGUUCCGGCAGUCUUCUCGACCACCAGCCUUCAUGGUGGCCGGCUCGGUUCACUGGCUCUCAAACUUCACAGUUGGCCUGGUCUUCCCCUUUUUAGAGAAAGGCCUGGGUGCAUACAGCUUCAUCAUUUUCUCUUGUGUCUGUCUUGCCACACUUAUCUACAUCUGGGUGGUCAUCCCAGAGACUAAAAACAAAACCUUUCUGGAUAUCAGCAAGCUUUUUGCUAAGAGAAACAAGACGGAGAUUGUAGUGGAGGCUGGGGCUCUGAGAUCAAAGAGAGUGGAAAGCAGUGGACAGGAAAUGAAGAGCACAUUUCUCUGAUGGCUCUUUGGGUAACAACAAAAGGACUUCAGUUGGAGAAUUUCUUUAAGAAUAUAUUAUUUUAAUUGCAUUCUGUUUUUAUUAUGUCAAUAAAUACAUAUAAAUGCAAAUAAUAAAUAUUUAAAUACAAAAUUUGAAUGUGUGCUGUUCAAAUA